AUGGACUCGAAACGAAAAGCAGCAACAUUGUCCGAUGACACCAAGAAGAAGAGGAGGACGUCAAGUCUAGCAGAACUGAAGAAGAAACAACAAGAGAGAAGAGCAUCAUUGCCACCAUCAGCUAGUCAACCAGAACCAAUUCCGACAACUGCACAAAACUCAUUGCUGUUCUCACAAGGAUCGUCAUUCAGGAGAUACUCGUCAUUCUCACCAACAAGCACCGUCUCUCCUUCUGAAUUGACACCAUUACAACAACAGCCUCCACCACCAGCACCUACAGUACAGCAUGCACCUCCAUUAUCGUCGAAUUAUACUAGAACGGCAUCAACCGACUCGUCACGACCAUUCGCUGUAACGACAACUUCGACUUCAUUACGCAGUAUUAUUGAGAAACCAAGUCGUAAUCCCUUCUCGCUAUUGGACACAUUGUCAAAUCCUGGCGAAGCGAUCGGUGGGAAGGUCGCUGAAGAAGAAUCGAUAUCAUUACAUGAACCGUUUGUCAUGUUUCGUAAAAAUGCCUCCAAAGGUGGUAGUAUUGCUGUGGCUGCUGAAGUUGAUGUUGAGAUGCUACCCUCAAAACCAGUAGCUGCUCGUCCCUUUGAGAGAUCUUUCUCAUGUCCUGUUGGAGGUUUAUUGUCCAACCCGAAACCACCAUUACAUGCACCGGUGCCUAGUGAAGCUCGAGCAUUCGCAGAAAUCAGUGAAGAAAAAGACAAACUCGAAGCGCAAAUUGCAAGUCUGAGCCAGGAAGCUUCAACUAUUGCCGAGCCUUCGUCGAUUCUCAGCUUUCUCAGUCGCCCGUCAAUCGAUUCGUCCAACCAUGACUUUCAUCAAUUCGACAGUUUGCAACGAGGCAAGUACGCAUUUUCAGCCAGAGAAGGUGCAGCUGUGGACUAA